AUGUUGAAGGACCUCCACCACAAUAAGGGCACGAUCCCUGGGCCUCCGGUCGGCGAGAAGAAGCCAGAGUCUUCCGACGACACAGCAGGCGCCGGGGCUACAAUCGCAACAGGAACAGCAGCAGCCUGCCUCUACGCCUACGUCUACGUCUACGACUACGACUACGACUACGUCUGCGUCUGCGUCCGCGCCUACGUCUACGGCGGUGCCUUCACCUACGUCUAG